AUGGUACCGGAUCUUUGUUAUAAUGGAGGAGACUGUUACUUAUUGGAUAAUGGAACUUUUGCAUGUGACUGUCCACCAACAUUUACUGGUCUCUUUUGUGAAACAGAACCUCUUUCAGCCUGUGCGAAUUAUUGCCACAACGAGGGUCAUUGCAAUGUCACCACUGGUAACAGUGUUCCACGGUGCUACUGCAAACCUCCAUGGUCUGGACCACGUUGCAAGACUUUGAAUGAAACUGCUGCAAAUGUAGAGCCAAAAGAAUGCACAAAUCUGCCAGGAGGAAAUUACUGCAACAGGCCCAACGGAUCUUGUGAUUUCAUCAAUGGCAAGGUUAUUUGUCGAUGUCGUUCGACACAUACAGGCAGAAGAUGUGAAACACAAUUGGGUCAACCGCCACUAACUUCAACACAGCCUCCAAUGACAUCACAAUCAACGACUUCAUCGGGUGAUACAAUGAGACCACCGACUACAUCGCCACUGACACAUCCGUCUGGACUCAGGUGUAAUCAAAAUUCUUGUGGAAAUGGUGGUUCAUGUUAUAACACUGGCAAUACCUUUUUUUGCUUCUGCCCUCCACAAUUUAUCGGUCCACGUUGUGAAACGCCGAAACAAUAG